UGGUGAAAGUGAGUGAGUGAGAGAUGGGCAGGGAGGUAUAAAGAGAGGGAGGGAGUCAUAUAAGAGAGGCAGCCAUAGAGGGAGAGGUGACAGAGUAGAUUAUCCUCCUCUCUGCCAGCCUCAUCAUGUUCAUGCUGCAGAUGUUGACUGUUAUCUCUCUGACUGUUAUCUUCCUGGCAUCUGUAGAAGCUAAAGGCGUGCAGAUGCAGAGGGAUGUCCAGUGCUGCAUGCUGUACUCCCACGGCAAGGUGCGUACCAAAGACGUGUUGCGGUUUGAGGUGCAGACGGAGGGGCCCGACUGCAGUAUACAAGCCAUCAUUCUUUACACGAAGAAGGCGGUGAAAUGUGCCGACCCCAGAGACCGGAAGGUGAAAAGGUUGCUGAGGAAGCUCCUCCAGAGACAGAGAACCAAGGGCCACCGAACCAUGUGGCUGCUUCCUCAUGACAACCUGCCUGUCAUGUCAGAGGACAAGAAAGACAACUGGGCGGUUCUCAACGUGGAGUGAUGGAGCGCCGUCAAGUUUGGAGGAAAACUCGUAGUCAUAAGCCAAGUAAACUUUCAGCAACUCGUCUUCGUUACGUGGCGACGUUGGCUGAUUCUCCAGUCAUCUUGUGUCUCCUUCUAUCUACACUAUCAGAUCUGGGCAGCAAUACGUAUUUAACUGGCUUUAGAUAUUUAAACAUGAACCGCGCUUCAAAUACUCCCAACAUGUGGCGUCUCAACAGAGGAGUGGUAUUUGUAAGAUAAGUUGCAUUGAUUUUUAUUUUCUUCUCUUUUUUUAAUGGCUUGUACUGUUAUUUGCCAGAGUCUGCCUGAAAGUGUCUCCCUCUACAACUACUACUUAACUACUCGAUGUGAGAUCAGUGCAGCAGCUGCAAUGAAACGAGCAGUGAUAUUAAUAUUGUAAAUCAGCAAAAGUGCAUAUUGUGACGUGUAUACCUUCGAUGUGUAACGACACUUCACACAGUAAAGUAAAUGGGGUUUGUCACAGUAAACUUCAGGUGCAGGAUAAUCCAGAUUUCAGUUGGAAGAAGGUUUUCAGGCUUUCAGACUGUUUGUAAAAUAAAAAAAAGUAAUCAGAGAGAAGAUUUCAUGCAUAAAUAUCAAAUGUUCCCUGAUCUUUUGUCCACUUUCUAUAUUGACUGUUUGUAAACUCUGUGUGAAACCCGACUCAAUCCUUUAAAAUUAGGCCCUCAGGCAUCAACGAGAGAUUUAAAUAUCUAUUUGCAGUUUACAUUUGUGUUUUUUUUACCGAUGGUGUGUCACUAAACUAUGCCAAAGUAUUCAUGAUUCAGUUCAUCACAUGGCCAGGCUGUUAAAACUUAGAGGGCUCUAACGUGUGUGCAGCACACAAGCAUUGUGUUGUAGAGGAAUGCACUGUAUGUUAAAACACAGUAACUCAAGUGAACUAUUUUAUAAAUUAAUCUGAAAUGAAA